UCCUGGCCGUCCGCUGGGAGUCGGGCGUGGGUGAGAUCCCGCGACGGGCUGGCGCCGCCUAUAAAUAGGGAUGGUGGGCAUUGCCCACGACCCUACGGUCUCUGAGCGAGAAGGUUCCCCGCUUUCUUCCGGGUCUUGAAGAUGGCUCGUACCAAGCAAACCGCCCGUAAGUCCACCGGAGGAAAGGCUCCCAGGAAGCAGCUUGCGACCAAGGCUGCUCGUAAGUCGGCCCCUACCACAGGAGGAGUGAAGAAGCCCCACCGCUACCGUCCUGGAACUGUUGCUCUUCGUGAAAUUCGCAAGUACCAGAAGAGCACGGAGCUCUUGAUCAGGAAACUGCCAUUCCAGAGGCUUGUUCGUGAAAUCGCUCAGGAUUUUAAGACGGAUCUGCGUUUCCAGAGCCAUGCUGUUCUUGCGUUGCAAGAGGCUGCGGAAGCUUACCUCGUAGGGCUCUUUGAAGAUACCAACUUGUGCGCCAUCCACGCCAAGCGUGUCACCAUCAUGCCGAAAGACAUUCAGCUGGCACGGAGGAUCCGUGGGGAGAGGGCUUGAGCUGAUUUGAAGGGCCUCUAUUUUGAUCAGAAGUGGAGCUCUACCGUCAUUCAUGGUGGGAUUAGAACUACUGAUUUCUAAUGGUACUUUGUGGGUCAUAUGAAAACUUUAGGCAGGUGUUUUUGGCUUUUUACUAGUUGUGCGUCUAUAUUCAUGAUGGAUAAUGGUGAUUAGAAUGUUUUUGUACAUAAACCGCCUUUCUAUAUAGGCGAAAGACCUUGUUUCGGUGGUGACAUUUAUCAGUUAAUCGUUUGUGGUAUUGAGCUCCUUA